CUGGUCGCCAAGCGCCAGCGCAACAACGUCGCCGCUAAGAAGUAUCGGCAGAAGAAGCUCGACCGCAUCCAGGAGCUCGAGGAGGAGGUGGACGAGGUGAAGCGCGAGCGCGACGAGCUACGCAUCAGCCUGGCGCGCAAGGAGGCCGAGACGGCCGCCUUGCGCGAGAUGCUGAAGAUG